AGAGAGAGAGAGAGAGAGAGAAAGAGAGAGAGAGAGAGAGAGAGAGAGAGAAAACAUGAACUCGGCAGUAAGGUACGUUUGCAAUUGAACAUCCACGAGUUUAUUGCUCGACCAAAAUACUACGAAAUCGUCGGACGAGAAGAGGAAUUUCGAAGGUCAUAGUAAAAGGACGAAGAAAUAAAAAACAAAGAGAGAACGAGAAGGAGAGAGAGAGAGAGAGAAAGAAAAUUUGUCGACGGUUAAUCGAGAUGUAAUGCAGUAGUAGUAGUAGAGUAGUAGUAGUAGUAGUAAUAAUAAUAGUAGUAGUAGCAAACCGAAGCAGGCUGUGUGCGCCGUCUCUUGUCGUCUCUCCGUUCCGAAUUGAUUCCACGAGCGUCCGCGCAUCGGCGCUGCGACGCGCCGCAAUCUCGUCGCCACGUUCGCCGCCGAUCGUCGCGCUCUCCGGGAAGUCUCAUCGUUACCGUCGCCGACGUCGUGCCAUCGUUGCUACUGCUGCUGUCGACGUCGUGGCCAUUACCGGCGUCGUCGUCGUCGUCCUCGUCGCGGAUACACGCCAGUGAAAAUGCGGUAGUGAUAGUGACGGAACGUAACGAGGGAAGUAAAGACUGUAGAAAGUUCAUCGAGCAGGAUAAAUCCCCACCGUCAUCGUCGCCGUCGUCCUCGUCGUCGUCGUCGUCGUCGUAGUCGUAUUCCGUGUUCAUCAUCGUCGUUGGUCGAUCUUCGUCGUGCUACGCCGUUUGUGCUUGAUGAUCGGAUUGGUGCCGGGUAAAGAACGAUAGAGGAUAAAAAGAAGGGAAGAAGGAAAGAAAGAAAGAGAGCAAAGGGGACAUAGAAAGUAAGAGAUAAAGAAAGAAAGAGAGUAAGGGAGAAGGAGCGUGUGAGAGAGAGAGAGAGAGAGAGAGAGAGUGAGAGAGAGAGAGAGAGAGAGAGAGGAAGGGAGGGAGAAAGAGAAAGACAGACAGAAGCGGUCAUCCCUCGUCACCCGGCCGGAAGUUAUGACGAGCUCGCGCUCCGUUGAAGAAGGAAGAAAUCGCGCGCAUGUGUUCAGUAGGAUAUAGUGUCAACGACAAGUCGCCGCUCGCAGAUCUGGAUACGUUGCUCUCUGCACCCGCGGGGCCUGGAUUGUCGCAUGUUAGGAUGGCGCUGGCGCGACUUGCGGUGAGCGACUGUGCGCCUCAAACGUCGCGGGUCAGCUCGAAUUUACACAGCAGCAGUAGUAUGGCAGUGAGCCGCGUCCCGAGCCCACCACCGCCGGAAGUGAACACCCCCGUGGCCGAGAAUUGGUGUUACACGCAGGUCUUAUGUGCACAGGUGAAGGUGGUUAAGUUCAGCUACAUGUGGACGAUAAAUAACUUCAGCUUUUGCCGUGAGGAGAUGGGAGAGGUGCUUAAGUCGUCCACGUUCUCAGCAGGUGCCAACGACAAGUUAAAAUGGUGCCUGAGAGUGAAUCCUAAGGGCUUGGACGAAGAGAGCAAAGACUACUUAUCACUAUAUCUCCUUCUUGUAUCAUGCAACAAAUCUGAAGUCAGAGCAAAGUUCAAAUUUUCUAUUCUUAAUGCCAAAAGAGAAGAAACCAAAGCAAUGGAGAGUCAACGCGCUUAUAGGUUCGUUCAGGGUAAAGAUUGGGGCUUCAAGAAGUUCAUCAGGAGAGACUUUCUUCUGGACGAGGCCAACGGACUUCUGCCGGACGACAAACUCACGAUAUUCUGUGAGGUAUAUACGUUUGUCAGCGUAGUAGCGGAUAGUGUCAAUAUUUCCGGACAAAGUAACACGAUACAGUUCAAGGUGCCGGAAUGCCGGUUGCCCGACGAUCUCGGGCAACUUUUCGAGAACCAAAAAUUUAGCGAUGUCACGCUCACUGUAUGCGGCAGGGAGUUUCAGGCGCACAAAGCAAUUCUAGCAGCACGAAGUCCUGUCUUCUCGGCGAUGUUUGAACAUGAGAUGGAAGAGAGGAAACAGAAUCGUGUAGAUAUCACCGAUGUAGAUCACGAAGUCCUGAGGGAAAUGUUACGAUUUAUAUAUACCGGUAAAGCGGCGAAUUUAGAGAAGAUGGCGGACGAUUUGUUGGCCGCCGCGGACAAAUAUGCACUGGAGAGGCUGAAGGUGAUGUGCGAGGAGGCGCUCUGCACGAGUUUAGCCAUUGAUAAUGCCGCUGAUAUUCUUAUAUUGGCUGAUCUUCAUAGCGCUGACCAACUCAAGGCGCAAGCAAUAGACUUUAUUAACACACACGCUACGGAUGUGAUGGACACGACGGGUUUCAAGGCGAUGGUACACUCCCAUCCGCAUCUAAUAGCCGAAGCUUUUCGAGCGUUAGCCACCCAACAAAUCCCGCCGAUCGGACCGCCCAGGAAACGGGUCAAGCAGAGCUGAAAACAGUCACCGCUGACCCCGGGCACGACCUCUGCAUCGCCGCCACCACUUUUACAUCCCUCUUGACUCUUUGUGUACAGUGAGAUACGAAUAUAGUAGUGCUAAAAUAAAUGUUUCCUAGUGCGCCACACUACCCUCUGGUCCAAUUGAGACGAAUCGACGCGAUGAAAUAGCAACUAUCAAUGAACCUUGGUUGAAACGUCAGAGAUCGACGGGAAGAGAAAGUGAAGGAGGAGGAGGAGGAGACGGAUGAGAAGGAGGAGGAGGAGGAAA